UUAAUUGACGCCAAAUCUCACCCUCAUCUGAGUGGUGACAGCAUGAGGGAAGCCGCACGUUUGGGAUAAUUAUUUCUCUUUAUUUCAUUCUUUUUUCUUUCUUUUUUUCCCCUUCUUUUUUACAUUUUAAAUUAUGGUUCGCUUCAAAUGUCCACUUUCCCGGAGCUGCAGCUGAGGUUUCAUUCAAAGUCCUGGACUGGAUUCUCAGCGUGAUGGAUACAAAUGAGUGCGCAGUGCUUAAACUUUUUGUCAUUGGGGUUUUGGUCAACGCCUGGAUGCUGAGAGGGUUGUCAGCCACCGACAGCUUCAACAUGGAGCCCACGCCGCCGCGGCCCCGCAAGGUCUGCAACGAGUCGCGCCUGCAGUGGGAGAUGGAGGGCUGCGGGGAGAGCUUCAAGCAGGACAUGGCUCACAUAGACCCGCAGUACUGGUGCAACCUCACACACUUCAUCAGCGAGUACCAUUUCUUCACCCUCUGCACGGAAAAAAGAUCCCAUGAGGUCAACUGCUACUGGCCCAACCCGCUGGUAGAGAGCUACAUCAUCCGCAUACACAAGCACUUUUUCUCCAACUGCACCAUGGAGCAGGUAGUGUGGGUGGACCCGCCCGACGACACGCUGACCAUCCUCAUCCUGAUCCCCGUUUUCCUCACCUUGGCCAUGAUCGCCCUGGUGGUCUGGUGCAGCAAGAGGAGCGACAUCCUGGCUUAAAGGCACGUGAUUGGAGGAGGGAGAGGAGCGGACCGGACUUCAGUACUGUACUCGUGGAGUCCUGCUUCUGCUCGUCUAAUUAUCCUGUAAGUGGUGCCACAAACAUCUUCAACAUCUUGAGGAACCAAGAACAGAAUCUGGCUGUGUAAAGUGACUUUUUUUUUGUCAUAUUCUGUAUCUUUUGCAAGAUUUUGCGCAUCGAGCAGCUUCACAGGUCUGUAAAGACUUUCUUCUAUGACACAUGUGAUGUACAGUGUAAGUUCCCGGUAAUGUGGGCGCCCCUCGCCCGAACAGUGAUUCAUCCUCUCAGUAAACAGUCACGGAGAUGUUCAGCUGUUUUUCUCCUCCAAGAGUUUUGGGUUGUUUGGUUUGUCAUCACUUACUUGGGUAAUUUGACCGGCGGGACAGCCGACCAAAUCUUGGAUACAUUCCUCAAAGCUCAUGGAUCCAGACUUCUUGACCUUGAAGAUACUCGUCAGAGCACUGUAUCACCGCUGAAGGCCAAAGUGCCCACCGGGCAUUACAGUGAACUGAAAACCGGUGGGAAAGAAGACGCCCCCUCCUCCUCCCCCCCCUCAAGGGUGCUGUUUAUAAUAUUUUACCAUGGAGCCGUUUGUUUUGCCUGGAGGGAUUAAAAAGAAGCCAAACUUGGACUUGAUGACAUUUCAGGGGGGACGAAGUUAGUCUUACUGUUGACUUACUGAAUGGACUUUAACCACUGGAACGGAUACACUGCCCAAAGAUGAAGGAAACGCCACGGUUCAUACGUGCGUUUCGGGACUUGAAUAUCUCGUGUGACUACCUGAGCCCCAACGGACUGAUUUGUAACACAGUAACUUAAAAGAUGUUGUAAAAUAAAAAUACUGUUGAUGCUUACGAAAAGAGGUUCUCAAUGGAAACCAAUGUUGAAACCGUGUCUGUACAGUUCUGCUCUCUGUCUGUGCUGUCUACUGUAUCUGCUGCUCCAGUGCUACAAAAACCACUGAAAUGCUUCGAAACAAACACAUUUUUGACGAAUGGUUCUGUUAAGCUCACUUCAUCUGUGUUUUUUGUUUUGUUUUGUUUUUUUUUUUUCCAUCGCUCACGCUGCAAAUUAAACCAAGCACCAAACUUUUCCUCCAAAGCAACAUUGAUUUCUGUCUUUCUGUUCUCACCUGCACACUGUUUCUCGCAUAAACUCGAUGGAAACUCUUCAGCAAAGUACCUUGAUUAAAUUUCAAGUGUCUAUU